GAAAGAACGGCGAGGUCGAGUAUUCGCUGCUGCCAUCUACUGGCUGGGAAAGGUUUCACAUCGACUCCAAGACGGGACAGCUCACGAACACGGAGGUUUUGGAUAGGGAGGAGCAGGAGAGCUACGUUCUCACAGUGUACGCGCGUGACGGCGGCACGCCUCAGCGCGACGCCACGGCGACGGUGCGCGUCACAGUGACGGACAUUAACGACCACGCGCCCGUGUUCGCGGGCUCGUGCUACGACGUCGCGGCGCCGGAGAACGUGCGUCUGCCGUCGCUGCACACGUUCCGCGCUCACGACGCGGACACCGGCGACAACGCGCGCAUCACGUACAGCCUCGCCGGUGUCGUGUUGGUGUACGUGGAACCGUGGGAGGCGGCGGCGGCGACGGUGGCGUUCACGCGCGACGGCAACUACACGGCGAUCGUCGCGGAGAACGCCGCCCCCGGCACGCCCGUGCUGCAGGCGCGAGCGAGCGUCCGCGGUGGCGCCCUCGUGCAGCAGCCGCCGGCGAUCGAGUACGCGCUGGUGGCGGGCAACGACGACGCGGCGUUCACUAUACACCCCACGACGGGUCACAUUAUCGUGAGGAGCUCCCAGCGCCUGGACCGCGAGUUGACACCCCGGCGCCACCUGGUAGUAGAGGCGAGCGCGGGCGCGGCUGGCGUCAGCUACGCACACGUCCAGGUGGCGCUAGAGGACGAGAACGACAACGCGCCGUACUUUGUAGCCGAGCACGUCCGCGCGUCCGUCUACGAGGGAAGCCUCAAGGGCACCUUCGUUGCCAAGCUGGUCGCGUACGACGCAGACGACGGUCGCAACGCGGCGACGACCUACCACAUCGUCGGCGGCAACGACGACAGCGCGUUCCGCGUCGACGCGGCGACGGGCGUCGUGACGACGAGCAUCCAGCUCGACCGCGAGAUCCGGCCGUCCUACUCGCUCGCCGUCGCCGCCGUCGACGUGGCGCCACCUAGAGGCCGCGCCGUCGCGCGGCUUUACGUGACGGUGCUGGACCGCAACGACAACCAGCCGACCUUCCCGCCGCAGGGGAGGGUGCGAAUACAGGAGGACGCGCCGGUCGGCACGACGGUUGCCGUGGCGACGGCUAACGACGUGGACAUCUAUCCUAACCUGACGUACGCGCUCGUGCGCGCGGCGGCGGCGGCGGGGACGCGGCGUUCACUAUCGACCGCUACACGGGCCUCGUAGCGCUCGCGCGGCCGCUAGAUCGCGAGACACAGGACACGUACACCAUCAACAUAGAGGCAUCGGACGCGACCAACUCUGUCGAGACGACGUUGACGGUUGUCGUCGGCGACGUGAACGACAACGCCCCCGUGUUCUCCUCCUCCUUCUACGAGUCCGAGGGAUGAUCACUGACACCAGCCGGCACCACCGGUCUGCGCAAGCGGUGCCGAGCGAGCGACGACGACUGACGGCGCCAAUGGCUGCGCCUGACCUACCGA